AUGGGUACGAUAGAGUCAUUCUUACUAGAUAUAAAGCCGCUGGAUCUUUCCCUCGAUGCUCAGCAAGACAUCAGCAAGACUCUUCGCGAUCAAGAAACUUUCAAGCCACCCACAAGACACAUCUCAAGACUCUCAAGACACAUCCCAAAGACUCUCAAAGGAGUCACCAAAGGCACUCUCAAGACACUUCCCAACUACUCAUAUCCUUCCCCUAUCCCUCAAAUACUCUUUUCUCACACUCCCAAAUCUCUCUCCACUCCCCACACAAACACACCCCCAACACUCCCUUCAACAAACCUCGAAUCCUCUUCCCUCACACCCAAGACCCUUUCCCAAAACUCCGAUCUCAGCAUGGUGGAGGGGUCCGUCGACCCGUGGUUCUUUGAGCCACUUGUCCACGACCAGGAGGUCGGGAUGAUGAAUGGAGGGGCCGCAGAGGCCGCAGAUGUGGUAAGUUGGGGAUCGUGGGUUGAGAACGCAGCGUGGUUUGAGAACACAGCGUGGGUGGAGGAGGCAGAGGGCACAGAGGGGUCAGAGGGGUCAGAGGGGUCAGAGGGGACAGAGGGGGCCUUCAACCCCUUGUUCAACGUGGAGGACCAACAAUCGGUCCUCAACAACCUCGACCAUGAUCUGGUCCAUGACCCCGUGACCCUGGGUUGGCAGCCAGAGGCAGGCCAAGAUCUGUUGAUGGGCGAUCUGCCACUGGCAGAGCAGGAGAUGGGAGCUGGCGGUAUGCUCCUGCCAGAUCUUGGUCUGGAGUUGACCUAUCCUCUGGUUGGCGAAGGCCAGCCGAUGGCAGCUCCCCAAUUCCCCAUGGAGGAGCUGCCAGGCACAGGGCUCGAGUAUGCGCUCGAGCCCAUGGCUCAACCUAUGCCAGUGCAGGCUGGCGUACCUCACUGGCCUGUCGCAUCUCACGCGCCCGCCGUACCUCGCCCACUCGUCCGGAAGCCAAUACAUCUCAUUCAGAAUGAGAAUUUGGUCAACGAGCUCACCGAUUGGGCGUUGAUUUGUCUCGGGUACCCGGGGGACAAAUCACAACCCUGGGGCGCAAUCAAGGCGGCCAUGGUGGGGUUGAGUAACCUGCCGUCAACUCAGGAUGAGGCCAAGCAAGGCGCUCCACGGUGGGCAAAGACUCGCACCAAGGAAUGGCAGCAGGAUAUCCACAAGAACGAAGUUGGAGUCUUUGCUGACAACGUGAGGGCAGUGUGCUUCGAACUGCUGGGCGUAAUUCCCGAGGCAAACAGCGAGCAUAAGCCAAGGCGGGGCCGGCCAUCAAGCAACCGGAGGACGCUGGCGGAGGUGGUCGUGAAAGAGUGGCUGAACGGCUACGAACAACUCAAAAACUCCAAGGAGUUUAAGGAAAAGCGCCGCAUGGAGAACGGCAAGAGGCGCGGCGGAAAGUGA